GGUAGCGAAAUGCUUGUCGGAAGUGACGUAAGCGGAAAAGAGAUGACGACACAAGGCGGGGUGUUUUUGAAAAUUGCAGCGACUGUUGGCAACGCUGUGUUCACGGGGCGGCUCUGGGAUCGCCAUGGCUUCUAAACUCCCUCGAGGUGAGUCCAAGAGACCGGAGAACAAACGCGAGCUGAAGGACGCCGGAGCGGUGACCACAACAAACGCUGCCCCAAAGGAAGUGGCCCCCAAGCAGCAGAAGGAAAACGCAGCGAGGAAAAACGCGCCGUCAAAAGUCUACAAAGGGGUCUCCACCAGGUACGAGCUGCAGGCCGAGCUGAAGGAGCAGAACAGGAACCUGAGCGCCGCCAACGAGCAGCUGCAGAGCAAGCUGACGGAGAGCCAGCUGAGGGUGGAGGAGCUGGAGCUGCAGUUUGUGGAGAUGGAGAAGGAGAAGGUGGAGGUGCAGAGGAAGCUGACGCGCUGCCAUGUGCUGCUGGUGGCCGCCAAGCUGGAUCCAGUUUCAGGUGAACGGGUCGGAGAAGCUGCUGAAGAGCACAAGGAGCAGAGAGAAGAGGUCAACCGUCUCUCGGCCGAGCUGCUCAGUGAGUUGCAGAACUUUGGGACCGUGGCUUCGCAGCAGCGCUUGCAGCUGCAGGAGUUGGAGGGUCAGAUGCGAGCGCUGGCCGUGGCCCGAGAUCACAUGACUCGUGAGAGGGAGAACUUCUGCGAGGACGUGGCUGAGGUGGAGCGAGCGCUGCAGGAGGCUGAAGCUCUCCUGAUGUAGGGGGCGCUGUCCAGGGCCUUUGUAAAUACACGUGUGUUCCAGUAAAUAAA